AUGGGAAUGAUGAUGAUAGAUGUACGGAUUUUUCUGGGGAAAGUGUUAAUUGCUUUCAUCAGAUUCUCCAGCUUUAAAGAGCUGGCAUUUGAAGAUUCGGGCAAGUCUACCACCACUGCUCAUCUGAUCUACAAAUGUGGUGGGAGUGACAAAAGAACAAUUGGAAAACUUGAGAAGGAGGUUGCUGAGAUGGGAAAAGGCCCCUUCAAGUAUGCCUGGGUCUUGGAUAAACUUAAAGUUGAAUGUGAACAUGAUAUCACCAUUGAUAUCUCCCUGUGGAAAUUCAAGACCAGCAGGUAUUAUGUGACCAUUGCUGAUGCCCCCUUCGUUGACGCCCUAGGACACAGAGACUCCAUCAAAAACAUGAUGACUGGCACAUCUCAGGCUGACUGUGGUGUCCUGAUUGUCACUGCUGGUGUUGGUGAAUUUGAAGCAGGUACCUUCAAGAAUGCACAGACCUGCGAGCAAGCCCUUCUGGCUUACACACUGGGUGUGAAACAACUAAUCAUCGGUGUUCACAAAAUGGAUUCCACUGAACCACCCUACAGCCAGAAGAGAUAUGAGGAACUCAGUAAGGAAGUCAACACCUACCUUAAGAAAAUUGGCUCCAAUCCUGAGACAGUAUAUUUGUGCCAGUUUCUGGUUGGAACGGUGACAGUAUACAUGCUGGAGCCAAGUGCUAACAUGACUUGGUUCAAGAGAUGGAAAGUCACCUGUAAAAAUGGCAUCUCAGAGAUUGGUGUUCUUAAACCAAGCAUGGUGGUCACUUUUGCUCCAGUCAAUGUUAUAACUGAAGUAAAAUCUGCUGAAACGCACCAUGAAGCUUUGAGUGAGGCUAUUCCUGGGGACAGUGUGGGCUUCAAUGUCAAGAACAUAUCUGUCAAAGAUGUUCGUCAUGGCACUGUGGCUGGUGACAGUGAAAAUGACCCGCCAACAGAAGCCCCUGGCUUCACAGCUCAGGAGAAGAUUGAACACAGUUCUGGAAAAAAGCUGGAAGGUGGCCCCACGUUCCUGAAAUCUGGUGAUGCUGCCAUCAUUGAUAUGGUUUCUGGCAAGCCUGUGUGUGUUGAGGGCUUCUCUGACUAUCCUCCUCAGGGCCAUUUUGCUGUUUGUGACAGGAGACAGACUGUUUCUGUGGGUGUCAUCAAAGUGGUGGACAAGAAGGCAGUUGGAGCUGGCAAGAUCACCAAGUCUGCCCAGAAAGCUCAGAGGCUCUGA